CACGGCGGAGCGGAGGAGCAUCUCUCUUUCAGCUCUGUUCGUUUCGGAAGCGCAGUGACGGACACCCCGGAGUCGAGCACACUGGACUCAUUAACAUAAUGUAGUCUUGAGCAAGUAGAUUUCAAGUUUGAGAACCUUUUCACUCAAUCCUGCCACCGUGAAAUGGGCAUUGCGUAGUUGUUGUUUUGACUCUAUAAGCACAAAUGCCUUAAAGAAUGAGAGCCUUAGGAAGGAGGACUGUUGAAAUGAUGCUAUGCGGAGAUGGAGAACGGAGAACCUGCAAGAGUGCAUGACAAGCGGCUCUGUGCCGGUUUGAAGAAAUCAUAAAAAUAGGAGAAACACAUCACCACCUGAAGCCAUGGGGAUACGACAUCUCCUACUUCUGUUGGUCUGUCUAGACCCGCUGUGCGUUCUGAGCACAUCCACAGCCAAACGGAGCAAACCUCCUCCAAAGAGACCCCCAAAGGUGAAGGAGGUCAACAGCACCGUUGCUCCGACAGUGGCAACCCGACGGAUCACACAAGUCCAGGCGCCCAUCGUUGGUGACCAUGACACCUGUCUUGGCUACUAUGACGUGAGCGGUCAGUACGACAAAGAGUUUGCCUGCAACAACACUGACCACCGGUAUUGCUGCGGGAGCUGCUUCCUGCGCUUCUGCUGUCCUGUGAAAGCCCAACGAGUGGAUCAGAGAAUCUGCACCAACUACAACACGCCCGACUGGAUCAAAACCCAACCGCCCUCACCAGCACCCACAGGGGACACGUACGACCCUGCACUGGACCAAACCAACACCACUGUCUACAUAACCUGUGGAGUCAUCACCCUUAUUAUCAUCUUGGGAAUUUCUGCCAAAGUGGCCUAUGAUAAAGCCACCAGACCGCCUCAAGAAAUGAAUGUCCAGAGAGCACUGGCGGACAUUUUGAGACAGCAGGGACCCGUUCCCAUACCACAGUACGAGCAUGAAAACAUUGCCACUAUCGACACCUCACCCAAAGAGAACACACCUAUACGAACAUCCAAGAACCACUACACACCAGUGCACAACAAGAACAACCACGGGCAUUAUGGAAAAGAAAACUUCCGCAGUGGUCAAGACAUUCAUAACUUUAUUUCCUCUGGCUUUGUGACGCUCGGCAGGAGCCAUCUGAAAGCGCAGCACUCUGUAGAUGAUCUCGGGCAGCUGUCAUGGCAGGCUGAUCUGGACGUUCCUCUGUCCUACAGUAACCAUCCACACGACUACACCAGCCAUCUGGAUCUCACUGGGUCACACACACCUAAAAUCGGACACCGAAUAGAAUACUACGAGAAGCCGAGGAUGAACAACAUCCUGACAUCCCAGACCGAGCCGUACGACCUGUCCUUCUCCCGUUCCUUCCAGAAUCUCACGCACCUCCCGCCGUCCUACGAGAUGGCCAUGAAACCGGACUUAAGUGGCAAGGAUGAUGAGUACUACAUCCGAAAGCACCAUUUACCUGAUCCGACGCCUCGCGGCGGCAACCUGCAGACACACAUGAUCAAGCUGAACGUGGAUCCGCCCAUGCAGCGCCAGAAGCCCAAACGCGUGCAGCGUGCCAUGUCCCAGGACCACGUGCUCUCGCCGGUCCACUCCAAACCUCACCGGGACUACGGCCUGUCGGCGUACAGCGGCGGCGCCGGUGGUCUGUCCCCGUACCAUGGGCGAAUCCUCUCUGAGGAACAGCUGCUGUCGGCUGACCGACUGCACUCCCAGGACCCAUUGCUCUCGCCGGAUAAGAUGCUGUCCUUGCAGCGCUCCAAUUUCCAGGAGAAGGCCAUGUCGCGGGCACUGUCGCAAAUAGAUAUGUUUGUGCCUACCACACCUGUCAUGGACCGGCAUUACAAAAUGAUGAAGAUGCAUUCACACCCCAGCAGCAGCAACAACGAGUCCUACAACACACUGACUGUGAACAGUGCGCAGGUGGGCAACAAAAGGCAGGCAUUCGCCAACCGCCGCAUGCAUACGGUGGACCAUCUGCAGUAUAUACCUGGACAUCAUCAGUACAGAACCGCUAGCAAGACUGAAGUAACUGUCUGAGAGAGCAAGACGGGAGAGCGAAUGAUGUCAACAAACAAUCCAGCUGGAGGAGUUUGCAGUGGUGUCCCACUUCGACAGGUGUUUUUUUUAAGCCUCCCACCUUGACCCGUUCCCGCUUCCAGCGCAAGCUUUUCUCUCCAUCAAUUCUGGGUCGGAUUGGGAAGGAUCCAGACAUUCUUCUCGCACGUAGAGCAGACGCAAGGGCUUCAUACGUGAACACUGGACUAUAAACCUGAAACUAUUUUUUCCAGAACUGCUGCGAAACCUGCACUGACUUUAAUACAUACAGUGAAUCAGAACCUAUAUAGAUUUUUGAUUUCUAACUUGAGUCCUAAACAAUAGCGAUAGGGGUUGAAUAUAAACUGAUGUUAGCACUUUAGCUAGUGCCUCUUCUCAAAACAAGUCCCGUUUCGAUAUCGAAGUGGGGAAAGGGUUUAAAAGCACAAUAAAUGACUGACGUCGUUUUUCUUUCCUUUGUCAUGUUCCCAGCUAACAGGGAUCGAUUUUAGAACUUUAGCUAACAUUCUGAAAAAGUUACAAGCAAAUGUUCUACCUGUAACAUUAAUAGAACAUUCAUUCAAAGUUAUCUGGUGAAAUAUUAUCAAAUAAAAAAAAACAUAUCAGAGAACGUUCAGAAGUAACAUUCCCAUGACGUUUGCAAAACGAUAAAAUGCAAUGUUCCCUUAACGUUUUUCAGAUUAAGCUCUAUCAACUGAAAUUUUAUAGUUGUUCUUAAUGUUAAUAAAGCAUUUUAAUAAUAUUCUCAAAACAUUAGCACAAAACAACGUUGUUUAUACAUUGUUCAUGGAAUGUUUGAAACUGUCUUGAAACUUUGUGGAAUGUUUUCUGAAACAUUUUAGUAAGACAUUUUUCAGAUGUUACUUUGGAAUGUUUGUGAGCAUUCAGAAUUAAUGUUUGCGAAAUGAUCAAAUGAAACGUUUUAGUUAAAUGUUUUUAAAUGAUGCUAUUUGUUUCAGAAUGUUCAGAGAAUAUUCUAAAGUAAUAUUCAAAAUGACAAAACAGAAUAUUCCCUUGCCAUUUAUAUAACCAGGAAACAUAUUCGUUUUUUAAACAUAUUAAAACCUGGAUAUAAUAGAGAGCGUUCAGAAAUAAAAAUAAUUGUAACUUGAAGGCAACGUUAGCAAAAUUCUCAGAGUAUAUCUUUGUUAGCUGGGUUAUCUCUGUUUGGUUUCUGGGUUUCCUCUACGAUACGCCAGUCAUUGAGUUUUUAGCGCACCUGUGACAGUGUUUCAUUCGGCGUAGGUGAUUUGUAAAUAUGCUCGGUUAGCUGCAGUUAAACAGUGAGUUGUCUUUGUGGGUUAUGGGUUGCUUUUUACAUUUUCAUUGGUUCUAUUCAGACAUUUUUUUAGUAUAAUCAACCCACCCAAAGUAUAUUUGAUGACACAAAUGUGUACAGUAAUGUGUGUGUUUUUUAAUCUGUACUUGUAGACUAAUGGUGAAUAAAUUUGGUUGAUUCA